AUGGCGUCGGCCUCCCGAAGCUUCUCCCGCGCUCUGCGCACUGCUGCUCCAUCAUUCCGCACCACCGCCACCCGCUCAUCUGCCCGCUUCGUUGCACCCGCACAAAACGCCUUCCGCAACCAACGACGCGGAUACGCCUCCCAGGAAGAUGGCCCUGAUAAGCACGAGGGCAACCCAACCGGUCUAGCUUUCGGUGCUGGUGCUCUACUUGUCGGUGCGGGUGCCUACGCCCUGUACACAUACAAGCCAGAGCUCUUUGGCCAGACCAGCACCAAGGUCUUCACUCCCAGGUUCGAGGACUACCAGAAGGUCUACGACACGAUCGCCAAGAGACUGGAGGAGGACGACAACUACGAUGAUGGCAGCUACGGUCCUGUGCUGCUGCGUUUGGCAUGGCACUGCUCGGGAACCUAUGACAAGUUGACGGGAACUGGUGGCUCCAACGGCGCAACCAUGCGCUUUGCCCCCGAAGCUGACCACGGUGCCAACGCUGGUCUCAAGGCUGCUCGCGACUUCCUCGAGCCUGUCAAGCAAGCUUUCCCUUGGAUCAGCUACUCGGACCUGUGGAUUCUUGGUGGUGUUUGUGCCAUCCAGGAGAUGCAGGGCCCCAAGAUCCCUUACCGUGCUGGCCGUACCGACCGCGAUGUUGCCUUCUGCACUCCUGAUGGCCGUCUACCCGAUGCCACCAAGGAUAGCAGCCACAUUCGCGCCAUCUUUGGCCGCAUGGGAUUCGAUGACCGUGCUAUGGUCGCCCUCUCUGGCGCCCAUGCCCUCGGUCGCUGCCACACUGACCGCUCCGGCUUCAACGGCCCCUGGACCUUCUCUCCCACCACACUGACCAACGACUACUUUAAGCUGCUCCUCGAGGAGAAGUGGGCGUACAAGAAGUGGAAUGGUCCCAAGCAGUUUGAGGAUGUCAAGACCAAGAGCCUCAUGAUGCUGCCCACUGACAUGGAGCUUGUCAAGGACAAGAGCUUCAAGCAGUACACCCAACUGUAUGCCAAGGACAGUGAUGCUUUCUUCAAGGACUUUGCCGAGGCCGUCACGACCCUGUUUGAGCUUGGCGUGCCCUUCCAGCAGCCCGAAGAUCAGCGAUGGGUCUUCAAGAGCUCUUUUGAUUAG